AUGUCCUGUUUCGGUGGUCGCGACCACCAAAUCUAUAUGGUCGAAAUGCUGAUUCACAAGUUGACGUUGACACAAAGUAAACUCAAAGACAUCGGUGAACAUCCAAUCGCGGUGAAGAUCUCAUUCCUCGAUUUCCCCACGUUCGAAAUCACGCGGGAAGACUUUUACUCGGUGAAACCACCACCUCUCACCGAGGAUGGUACCUUUUACUUCAUGAUAGGUAGAAGUUGUCUGUUCAUCAAGGAACCGAAAGAUCUGGUAAGGGAAUUACAAACCAGGAUGACAAAGGUCGGUGUCUUUCGCUUCGGGGACAUGUAUCCCAUUGCUGAGACCGAAAUAACAUUGCCUGGAUGUUUAUGCGAUCAAGUAGCGAUGGCUCAAAAUGAUCCGGAAAAUCUGCCAAAACCGUUUAAGGUAAAAGGUAGCUUCAAUCUAUUAGAUCCUGGCGAAAACCCAUCGGGUUCGGUGGAAGUGGAAAUGAGAAUGUCGUGCUUCGGUCGAUCGUUCAUGACCCACUAUGAGUUGCAUCCUAAGUUCUUUACCUUCAGAAAUAAGGAUCAAGAAAGAGAGUUCUGUGUUAGGCGCUUGGUACCACCUAGUUAUCAGGAAGGCGUUGCCAAGGAUAUUUCAGAGUAUCUAGAUAGAACGACUCUGGAUGAAUUAAAAGGAAAGAUAAAAGAAAAACCACCAAAGAAGAGAAAAGGGUUGAAAGGUAAAAACCGUAGGAAAGGCAGAUGA